AACGACCACGGUUAAAGAUAUACAUUGUAAAGUAAAAACAGUUCAUAUAAACCGCUCUCAUUUCUUGAGUUUUCCUGCCUUACAAAAAUGUUGAGCAUCAAACGUCGAUUAAAAGAUUCGCAGAAGACCUUACUGGGGAUUAACAUUUAUUUGCUAAAACUCAGUGGAAUCUGGAAGCCACACUCUACAUUUUACAAAAUACUAUCUGUAUCCUACGUUUUUAUUUACGGCGUGUUCAACAUAUUUCAGUAUAUUGACUUCUUCAAAGCUUGGGGAGAGUGGGACUACAUGUUUAUGAACCUUUCCUUAACCUACGCUUGUAUGUUGGGAUUGAUAAAAAUUAUCAGCUUUCGCCUCAACUUCCAUCUUUGGGAGGCGGCUUUUGAUGCCAUGAACGAAAUUGAGAAGAAAUUUAACAACAAAGACCAUCCAGCCAUCCGCGCCAUUUUAGCUCAAUUCACUUUUCGCAUGAGGUUCACAACCAUUGGAUUCAUUUCCACCUGUUUCAUUACGCUUAUUUUUUUCUGCUUGGAGCCGAUUAUAAUGAAUGCUGUAAAUAACGACAAGAGCCAACCGUUGAAGCAAAUUGCACAAAUGUGGAGCCCUUUCAGCCUAGAAACAAAUCUAGGGUAUAUGAUUAACAUUUUCAUUCAGUUAAUAACAUCGUUUUUAUGUGGAUUAGUCAGUUCCGUGUAUGAUACAUCUGUGGUUGCUGUACUGGUAUGGUUUCAUCUGCAACUGGUGGUGCUUCGCAAGGAAUGUUCAUCUUUAGGAGUCUUAGAUGAUUCAGAUAAGAGUGGUGAACUGUUUGUUUCCGAGGAAGAGUUUUUGAAGCGCUUGAAGCAAUGUCAUAACCAUCAUUUGGCGCUUUUGAGAAGUUAUCACUCGUUUAAUACUUUGCAAUCGCCAAUCAUGUUCGUCAGUCUUCUUGGAUGUACCAUUGUGUUGGGAUACUCAGUUAUCAACCUGACAGGCAACAGCAACAUCCUGUCCGGCGGGCUGUACUUCAUCAGCACCUUUAUCGAACUCUUCAUGCUGUACUGGUUCUACAAUGACGUCACUGUUAUGAGCCAGAAGGUGUCCUCAGGCGUGUGGGAGUCCCACUGGUACCGCUACUCCGUGAGGUCUCAGCGCCUGGUGCUGGUGCUGAUGCAGGGCCUCAACACGAGGAUGGUGUUCAGUGCUGGCCCGUUCAAUGACAUGACUCUCGUCACUUUCCUUGGCAUUUUGAAGACGUCGUAUUCAGCUUAUGCGGCUCUAUCGAACAUAUAAAAUAAUAAAAGCUUCUCA